AUGCCCAGCGUUGCCGCCGUGGUUCGGGCCCACACAGUGCGCGGUGACGUGCGUGUCAUGGCGGGCCCCGCUGCGCCCAUCCGCUCCCGUCAGCCUGGGGACGCUUGGCACAGGCAUUCCCUGGCUCUCGGCGAACCUCUGCUGAGCAGCACACAUGGGCUUUUCCUCCUCCGGUUUGCGCUCCAGUCAUCCCGUGCUGAUUUGCUGCCCAUUCGUUUGCUGUUUUACAAAAUCACCACCUGCCAGGCACUAAGAUUUCCCCGCAGCACCCUUUCAAACCUUGCCCAGGUCACCAUGGUGCCGCUAGGGCACUUAGCCAAAGGGGCCACUUUGGAAGAUCUUCUUGAAACCUGCAUUCAGUCUUUUGAUUUAGAAGGAAAUGCCCGUCAGAACAACCAGCUGCUAAAGAUAAUUCUGACCAUGCAUCAAUUUAUCAUCUCCUCUGCGGACAUGCUCCAGAAGCUCAUUGAUCUAUAUUUUAAUGCUUUAGAAAAGAAAUCUUCUAUGCUAUGUGUAAAGAUAUGUUAUUUUGUGAGGUAUUGGAUUACAGAGUUCUGGGUUAUGUUCAAAAUGGACUCCAAACUAAACAAAACUAUGGAGGAAUUUCAAGAACUGGUAAAAGCUAAUGGUGAAGAGUCGCAUUGUCAUCUAAUUGACACAACUCAAAUAAACUCCAGGGAUUGGUCCAGAAAGCUAACACAGCGUGUAAAGACCAACACCAGUAAGAAAAGGAAAGUCUCCCUUCUUUUUGAUCACCUUGAGCCAGAGGAGCUCUCGGACCACCUUACCUAUCUUGAAUUCAAGUCUUUCAGAAGAAUAUCGUUUGCAGAUUAUCAGAACUACAUUGUGAAUAGCUGCGUGAAAGAGAAUCCUACAAUGGAGAGGUCAAUUGCUCUCUGCAAUAGCAUCUCGCAGUGGGUACAGCUAAUGGUUCUCAGCAAACCAACGCCACAGCUCCGGGCCGAAGUGUUCAUCAAAUUCAUUCACGUUGCACAGAAACUCCACCAGUUGCAGAAUUUCAAUACAUUAAUGGCAGUGAUAGGAGGUCUCUGUCACAGUUCCAUUUCCAGACUCAAGGAAACGAGCUCUUAUGUUCCUCAUGAUGUGACUAAGGUGUUCAAUGAAAUGACAGAACUGCUUUCGUCUUACAGAAACUAUGACAGUUAUCGACGUGCCUAUAAUGAGUGUACUAGUUUUAAGAUUCCAAUCCUUGGUGUCCACCUGAAAGACCUGAUAUCACUUUACGAGGCCAUGCCAGACUACUUAGAGGACAAAAAAGUUAACAUAUACAAGCUUUACUCUCUAUACAACCACAUAAAUGAGCUGAUACAGCUUCAGGAAAUACCUCUUCCCCUGGAGGCUAAUAUGGACCUUGUUCAUUUGCUUACAUUGUCCCUUGAUCUUUAUUAUACAGAAGAUGAAAUCUACGAGCUCUCAUAUGCGCGAGAACCUAGAAGUCACCGAGCUGCGCCUUUGACACCUUCCAAGCCACCAGUAGUUGCAGACUGGGCCUCAGGGGUUUCCCCAAAACCUGAUCCAAAAACCAUCAGCAAGCAUGUUCAGAGAAUGGUGGAUUCUGUCUUCAAAAACUACGACCAUGAUCAGGAUGGAUACAUUUCUCAGGAAGAAUUUGAGAAGAUAGCAGCCAGCUUUCCAUUCUCAUUUUGUGUAAUGGCUAAGGAUUGGUGA